AUGGCAGCCCCAUCGAUAGUUAUGAACCAUGCCGUUCUGGGGAUACGCCAUUCGAGGCAUAUCCACUUUUGGAAGUUAGUACGCUCCACAGCCCAGCGACAUACUGAGUACAGAAAGUACCAAGGCGCCAUCGAUAAUUACUCUACUCAAACCAUCCUUGUUUCUGGAGCUGUUCGCACCUCAAUGCAGCAACUGCUCUCUCCUCCUCUCCUUGUAUCCUAA